AUGCCAUUAAACUCAAUCGAACUGCAGGAUGUCGAAAUAAAGAGGCACUCGACGGACCAGUCGAUUCAUUCUGUCAUUCGUACCCCUCAAUCGUUAUCGAAGUCCAGAGUCGACGUGAGCUCGGAGGUUGUGGCGGAGGGCGAUGCAAGCACAUCUAAUGUAACAACGCCAUCUCAAGUGCCACCUCGAACGCGUCAACAGAAGAUGGUCGCCCAUGUCCAGUUUCUGGCAUUGUGUUGGACGAUGUUUCUCACCGGAUGGAACGACGCAACGAUUGGGCCACUCUUGCCACGGUUACGGGAGGUUUAUGGUAUCGGAACCGCUGUUGUGUCUCUUAUUUUUGUUUUCGCCUGUCUGGGGUUCAUCUCAGGCGCGGUCUUAAAUCUGUAUCUCUCCGAGAGGAUGACACUGGGGAAGAUUCUGGUGUUCGGAAGCCUUUGCCAAGUUGCCGCAUAUUGCAUAAAAUGCUCAGCGCCUCCCUUCCCGGUAUUCUUCUUGGCGUAUAGUCUGACAGGAGUAGGGCUUGCCCUCCAGGAAGCGCAAGCGAACGGGUUUGUCGCGAGAUCAAAGCAUGGCGAAACCAAGAUGGGGUUCCUGCACGCGGCUUACGGGGUCGGCGCUUUCGCUUCUCCUCUUGUCUCCACACAAUUCGCCCAACUUCCGAGAUGGUCCUUUCACUUUCUGACUUCUUUGGGCAUUUCGAUCUCCAAUACGGCGAUCCUGUUCCUGGUAUUUAAAUUAAAGGACCAGGAUGAUUGCCUUCGCGAAGCAGGAGAGACUAUCCCGGACGGACCAACAGACGACGGGCAAGGAGCUUUCAAAAAGGUCCUGUCGAUGAAGGUUGUCCAUCUGAUAGCGAUUUUCAUCCUAAUUUAUGUCGGCGUCGAGGUCACUAUUGGUGGUUGGAUCGUCAGUUUCAUCAUUGAAGUCCGUGAUGGAGGUCCGUCCGCCGGAUAUGUCUCAUCGGGGUUCUUUGGAGGACUGGCCACUGGUCGCGUGCUUCUGUUGUGGGUGAAUAAGAAAGUCGGAGAAAGACGGGUUUUAUUCAUCUAUGCCUUCCUAGCUAUCGCUUUCGAACUCACCGUUUGGUUUGUGCCAUCUCUCAUCCAAAACGCCGUCGCAGUCGCCAUAGUCGGGAUGCUGCUCGGGCCAAUGUAUCCAAUUGUUAUGAACCAGACGUCUCGCGUCCUACCACGCUGGAUUCUGACCGGUGCCAUUGGAUGGAUUGCUGGAUUCGGUCAAGCGGGAAGUGCCCUCCUGCCCUUCAUCACUGGCGCUAUUGCUUCCAGCCGUGGCAUCAAAAGCUUGCAACCCUUUGUGGUUUCGAUGAUGGCGUUCAUGAUGGUUCUUUGGGCCUUAGUUCCCGACAGUCGCCGGUUGGACUGA